AUGCCGCGGGCCGCGCAUGCCCCGGCCGGCAGGGGGCGCGCCCGCCCGGGCCGGGGGCAGCCCGGGGCCGGGGUCCGCCCAGAGUCCGUCGGGCGCCUGUAUCUGCCCGGGAUCUGCGCGGAGCCGGGGUCAAUCCAGGGCCGGGGUCCGCCCGAAGUCCGUCCGGCGCCGGGAUCGGUCCGGGAUCUGCGCGGAGCCGGGGUCUGCCCGGCCUGGGGUCGGUCCGGCGCCGGGGUCCGUCCGAGGUCUGUCCAGAGUCGAAGAGACCUGGGAUCUGUCCGGAGCCGGAGUCGGUCAGGGUCUGCCCGGGCUCAGUCCCGGGCUGGCGCCCCUCCGAGGUCUACUUGGGGCCGGGGUCCGUUUGGGCUCCGUCCGGAGACCGGGUCGGUAGGAGGCCUGCUCGAGUCCGGGUCCGUCCCGGCCCGGGGUCGCGGCGGAGCGGGCACUUCCCAUCGCGGGCGGCGCGGUCGCCGACGUCGAGGCCGCGGCCGCCUCCGCCUUCCCCGCCUCCAGGCAAGAGGACACGCCGCGCGCGGAGGGGUGGCCUGGCCGCCGCGCCCCGCGCCGCCUCCCGAGCCCGCGCUGCUGGGGCCGCGGGGACCCCCGGCCGCCGGGCGGGGCGGAAACCCCAGCGCCGGCCCCGCCUCCCGCCUCCCCCCUCCGCUCCGGGUCCCGAGCCGCCGGCCCGGACUGGACGAGACUGGGGGUGGGAGGGCCGGCCGGCCUGUGCCCGCCGGGUUCCUGGGGAGACUCUUGUCUUUCCGUUUCUCGAUCCUGCGCGCCCCACCCGGCCCGCGAGGGGGUGGCAGUGGCACGUGUGCGGGCGGGGGGCGAGGGCGGGGCGCACGGGCUCCGGGGACUUGGCGCCGGGACCGUCUGCCAGGUUCUCCACUGCGCGCCGCCCCCCCAUCCACCCUGGGCCGGGCCGGGCUGGGGCGGCCCCCGCCCCGCGGCCCCCGCGCAUUCCAGUCGCGCCGCUGCCUGGCCUUGGCCCGGACGCGGCUGGAGACAGACGGGGACGCGGCGGGACAGACAGGCCCGCGCCAGCCAGCCGAGGGGCCGCCCUCCAAAAGGAGAGGGGACCUCCCUGCUGAGAAGUGGGACCGACCCGCGGUGGGAAAGAGCAUCCCCGCGGCAGCGGGGGCCCUAGAUGUCAUGCCUUCGGCAAGCAUCACUGCCGCAGUCCUUCGAAGGCAAGUCCGAGGUUGAUCUAAGCAGGUUCCCGCUUGCCCUGUCCACACGGUGGCUGCUCCUGUAUCACCGCAGAUGCUGGGCGGGCUGUGCAGCCCCUACCACGUUCAUUGCAUCUGUCUCCAGACUGUAAAGUAGGGUCGAGCCACCAAAGCGCCGCGACCCGCUCGGGCAGGAAUUCUCUGACUCUGUCUUUUCCUUCACAUCUGCCCCCCUCCCUGUUACCCCCACGGAAUCCCAGCCCCGUUCCUGAUGACCUCGUCUCCGCGGUUCUUGCCAACCUGAGUGCCGUUCCACAAUGCCCCUUUUCUGAGGAUGGGAUUUGGCUGCUCAAGGCCUGAGUAGCAGACUUUCCCCGAACGCGUCUGCGUAGACUUACGACGACAUUUUUAACGUGACAUUGAAAAAAAA